UCAGUUGAUCAUUUGUUCCUCAUCGCCACCUGAACCAACAUGAAACUGUUUGUGAUCGCUGCCGUCUUGGCUGUGGCUGUUGCUGCUCCAUCCGGAUACAAAGGUCCUGCCAUCACCAUCACUGCCCAGUCUGACGUCCGUAACGCUGACGGAAGUAGCCAAUGGAGUUAUGCCGGCUCUGACGGUACCACUCGUGAGGAAUCUCAAGCCCAGUUGCCCGGUGGAAAGGACUACGAUAACGGAGGUGGUAACACUAACAAGGGAGCUUCGUACUACAUCUCACCUGAAGGCCAGAAAAUCAGUUUGACGUGGACAGCUGAUCAAAACGGUUUCCUGCCUAAAGGUGAUCACUUGCCCGUCGCACCGGCUCUACCUUAUUCCCGCAGCGGACUUGGCAUCUAAAUUCAUUGACCAGUUGAACCUUGUCCCUCACUUUCAUUUUAAUAUAUUGGACCAAAUAUAAUCGAUUAAAAUAAAUGCAACAAUCAAA